ACAACCCGGUUGCCAUUUUUUCCUCUUGGCUAAGUUAGUCCACCCGGAUCUGUGUUUUUAGUGGAAUAAAGAGUAAAAUUACCUGCUGUCAUACAUCAAAACCCUUUAAUAAUUACAGAGGCCAGUGGGUGCUUGUAGGGCUGAGGACAGGAAAUCCAGAUCUAGACUGAUUAAAGGGGGAUUUCAGUUCUCAAACCGGGCCGAGUGUCAACCAUGAACCCUGAGUAUGACUAUCUGUUCAAACUGCUGCUGAUUGGAGAUUCUGGUGUUGGAAAGUCCUGCCUUCUACUCCGUUUUGCAGAUGACACGUAUACGGAAAGCUACAUCAGCACGAUUGGCGUCGACUUCAAGAUCAGGACAAUAGAACUGGACGGGAAAACCAUCAAACUCCAGAUCUGGGACACUGCAGGCCAGGAGAGAUUUCGCACCAUAACUUCCAGCUACUACAGAGGAGCUCACGGGAUCAUCGUCGUCUACGACGUCACAGAUCAGGAGUCGUUCAACAACGUCAAGCAGUGGCUGCAGGAGAUCGACCGCUACGCCAGCGAGAACGUCAACAAGCUGCUCGUGGGCAACAAGUGCGACCUGACCACCAAAAAAGUGGUGGACUACACGACAGCCAAGGAGUUUGCCGACUCUCUGGGCAUCCCCUUCCUGGAGGCGAGCGCCAAGAACUCCACCAACGUGGAGCAGGCCUUCAUGACCAUGGCGGCGGAGAUCAAGAAGAAGAUGGGGCCGAGCGGGAGCGCCGGCGGGGCCGAGAAAUCCAACGUGAAGAUCCAGAGCCAGCCGGUCAAGACGUCCAGCGGGGGGUGCUGCUGAGCCCGGGUUUCGAGACGGUUGAACGUGCAGCUCGCGCGCCGACGGUGAUGUUACCUACACCCAUACGAAGCAGACGGGCCGGGCAUGGAGAUGUGGGAGUGUGUAUGUGUGAGAGGAUUGGAGUAGAUAUUUAAAUAAUGAUUAAAAUUCGCUAAUCAGGCUGCAGACGUGGGCUGAUAAAUUACUUAUAAUUUUUUUAAGUCACAGUCGGUUCAACUGGUGAUUUCACAACGUUAAGUUAAAUGUAUCGUGUCCUUAAGGUCGGGAAGGACCUGCAUUUGUUCUGUAAAGCCGGAUGUGCACAAGUUAUUCUCUUGUGUAUCUUUUAUACAUGUGGGGGAGUAGAAGCGCUCUUUUUUUGACAUUCCUGCCAGCAGGUGGCAUCAAUCAUCAAUUCCGGCAAACGCUAGUGGAAGGGCAGCGUUGAAAAUGACCUCUCCUACACUUCUCUAUUAGCGGCUCGCAAAAUGCAUCAUGGGAUCAGUGGUUAAUUUCCUCGGAUGACGCCUCCUGGUAGCUCUGGUAGCGCCCGUAUGCUUCCUGCGUACUGAUUUUGGGUGGUGGUACGCUGUAUGUGUCUUUUUCAACGCAGCCCGAAUUUACCGACCAUAACCUCACACUUACAAGUACACUAUACGCACAGAAGUAUCGGGACGCCACUUCUGAUUUUUGGAUUCGCGUGUUUCAGCCGCCCCCGAUACUAUAUAUAUAUAUAUAUAUAUAUAUAUUUAUGUAUAUCUAUAUAAUAAUGUAAGACCUGUUUUACUGCGCUGUUGGAAGGAAGGAUUGAAAGGUAAUGACGUGUAGGUAAAUACAAACAUCACUUCUGUGUUUCAUUCAGUUUUUGUUUUUGUUUUUUUUAAGAUGGGGCGCAUUGUGAGCUCCUCUUUCUUUAUUAUUCUGUUUUUUGGGACAAUGAUUUCAACAAAGAAAAAAUACUGUGAUGGAAAUGUUUAAUAAAAACGCUUUUAACUGAA